CUUCAGUCUAAGACAAUUUUUAUUAACAGAUCACUGGGAGACGUAUUAGGUACAACUGUUCACAUGGAAACUCCAGAAGCUGUUAAUGAUGAUACUAAUCUUGGAGUUUGUGCACAGAAUGCACUCAAGAAACAGCACAAUGAAAUUAAAAAUCUACUUGCAAUAUCCGAGCCUAUUUUUCGUAAUAUAGCUGGAGCUUGUACAUCAGCCACAAUAAUUCAUUCAACAGAAUAUGAUAAGAUUUUUGAUGACAAGACAGGCCAGUCAUUAUUGGAGAGAGCAGAUAAUUUUAUUAACUGUAUAAUGUCAGUAGUUAAAGUUUGUCCUGACCAGCUUGAGGUGUUUCUAAAUAUUGUAGUGAACAAGGGAAACAUUGCUUUUGAGAGGAUAGCUAAACUUAUGUCUCAGUCAUUUAACAAUGAAGUUCCUGAGCACGCUUGCAUAAAAUUGACUGGCAUACAGAAAAACUAAUUUUAUUUUUACA